AUAUGAUUGUAUCACACAGACAAACACACACAAACGCUCAUAACUAAAACGAAAAUCCACAAUUAUCGGACUCAAAUCAAGAAGCUCCUCCCUCUCUACUUUCUCUCUCUACAUGUCAAUGGCGAAUCAGAACUACGUAUAGCUUUCUCAACGGUGCAUAUAUAUAAUAUAGAGAAAGAAACACUUCGACGACCUGGUUGAUCUGAAGAUUUACUUCGCUGAUCACUUGUCUUUAGAAUUGGCAUUGCACGAUUAGAUUUGUUGUUUUAUGAGGAAGUGUGCUCUUUGUUCCAGAAUUUGGUGUGGUUUUGACUAAUAAUUUUGAUUUAGAUAAUUGGAUUUUCUCUGAUCGGACGAGUAGAUAGUUGAUCUAUAAUUGGGUGUUGAAUCGGGACUUUGUGAGCUUAUUCUGCCUUCUGGUUAUGUCUUGGAUGGUUUUAUGAUGAGUGUGCUCUGUAUGCUCUCUUGAUUAUGUGAUCCAAUUAUAUGAUCUGUGCAUUUUGUGAUUGUGAAGGAAGUUAAUAAGGUAGUUGUUUCAAUGCUAGUAGGAUUUGCGGGGGAUGUUGAUUUUAGAAAUUGGAACUGUCAUGUUAUGAUAGGUUAUGGUUUUUGUAUAUCUUGGAGAUUCAAGUUUAAGCAAUAGGUUUUCUUAGUGGGUUUGCUCAGCUCAACUUUUUAAAAGGAGGUUGCACAAUUUGGACAUGAGAAGCCCCUGGUUGAGUAAAUUCUCUGUAAUUUUCGGCCCUAGACCGCCGCUCAAUUGGUUGCUGUUGUGUAUUAUAAGCAUCUUUGUACUAAUUGCAUUAUUGGGAUCAUCUUCUUCAAGUGCCUUUGACUCUGUAACUUCUGCUGCAAAACCCAACAUUUAUCUGAAUUAUAGAAAGCUAAAGGAGCAAGCAACAAGUGAUUAUUUGGAGUUAAAGACUCUGUCACUAGGACCUAGUCGUCUAAGAGAGUUCAGUCUCUGUGGCAAAGAAAGAGAGAACUACGUACCUUGCUAUAAUGUGUCUGGAAAUUUGUUAGCUGGUGUUAGUAAUGGGGAGGAGUUUGAUCGACACUGUGAAGCAUCUCAAGAGGGUCAACAGUGCUUGAUUCGUCCUCCUAAGGACUAUAAGAUCCCCCUGACCUGGCCAGCUGGUAGGGAUGUGAUAUGGAGCGGAAAUUUGAAGUUAACUAAAGACCAAUUCCUUUCUUCUGGAAGCAUGACGAAACGGUUAAUGUUGCUAGAGGAGAAUCAAAUUGCUUUCCACUCUGAUGAUGGUUAUAGCCAUGAUGGUGUCAAAGAUUACUCUCGCCAAAUUGCCGAGAUGAUUGGGUUGGCAAGUGACUCUGAAUUUUUUCAAGCUGGUGUGCGCAGUGUACUAGAUAUUGGUUGUGGGUUUGGUAGCUUUGGGGCUCAUUUGCUCUCACUGAAGUUAAUGACUGUUUGUAUUGCGGCAUAUGAGCUAACGGGUAGCCAAGUUCAGUUGGCCCUUGAGCGAGGUCUUCCAGCAAUCAUUGGAAACUUUAUCUCAAAACAGCUUCCAUAUCCGUCAUUAUCAUUUGACAUGAUUCACUGUGCUCAAUGUGGCAUUGUCUGGGAUGGAAAAGAUGGGAUGUUCCUCCUUGAAGUUGACCGUUUACUGAAGCCUGGAGGUUAUUUUGUUUUGAAACCACGUGGACAUUCAUUGAGUUCAAAGAAGGGACACAUGUUAACAGCAAUUGAAGAAUUUACCCAGAAAAUCUGUUGGAAUCUUCUAGCUCAGCAAGAUGAGACUUUUGUCUGGCAGAAAACUGUGGAGGCUCAUUGCUAUACAUCUAACAACCAUGGUCUCAUACCUCUUUGUAAAGAAGAGCAGGACGCUCAAUCAUAUUAUCAUCCUCUUGUACCUUGUAUAAGUGGGACUACCAGCAAACGCUGGAUUCCCAUUCAGAAACGGUCUUCUGGUUCCCUUUUGAGCCCAGCUGAGCUUGAAGUUCAUGGAAUCCAACCUGAAGAUUUCUACGAAGACUUGCAGAUCUCAAAAUCAGCUCUAAGAAACUAUUGGUCUUUGCUUACACCAUUGAUUUUUUCUGACCAUCCAAAGAGGCCAGGCGAUGAAGACCCAUUGCCUCCAUAUAACAUGAUACGUAAUGUGAUGGACAUGAAUGCUCAUUAUGGGUGUUUAAAUGCUGCAUUUAUGGAGGCAAAAAAAUCAGUGUGGGUGAUGAAUGUUGUGCCCAUCAAGGAACGUAAUACGCUUCCUCUCAUACUUGAUCAAGGUUUUACUGGCGUUUUGCAUGACUGGUGUGAACCCUUCCCCACAUACCCCCGAACAUAUGACUUGCUUUAUGCAAAUGGGCUCCUUUCACACCUUACUUCAGAGGGAUGCAGUAUAAUGAACUUGCUUUUGGAGAUGGAUCGUAUUUUACGCCCUGAGGGAUGGGUUGUUCUUUGUGAUAUUCUAGGGCCAAUAGAGAAGGCGCGUGCACUUACUACACAGAUUCGAUGGGAAGCAAGGGUGAUUGACCUUCAGAAUGGCAGUGACCAACGGCUACUUGUUUGCCAAAAGCCAUUCUUGAGAAAAUGAUUGAUUCAGCUCCACGGUUCUCACCCUUUGUAGGACAAUCCUUUUUGACUAUGGUAAUUUCUCUGAACUUGUCAGGAAAAUAAAGGAAACAAAAUUUCGUCAUUGUUGCUGCUGUUAUGAAAUGUGCAUUUCGUACUUUUGAAUUCCUCAAAGAGAUUUUAUGGAUGCUUGUAGAAAUCAUGGAUACAAUUCUGCUGAAAGUUUAAAGAGUGCAUGCACAGGGUGAAGAGUUCACAACAUUGUAUCUGACCAAAUAUAAAAAUUAUGACUUGAAGCAACGUAUGAGAUUCAGAGCUGAUUAAGUUGGAGCUGUGUUAGUUAGGAAAAUAUAUACAUAUAUAUAUAUAUUGGAGCGAGUUCAUGAAAAUCACCAGCCAUUUGUGAAUGAAGCUUGUGUUUAGUUUGGAUCUUUGCUACGUAAAAAACAGUUCAGCAGUAAUUGCAUGUUUUUCAGGACUCUGGUCGAUAUCGUAUUCAUUAUGGUCCAAGAUUUGUUAUGAUCUGUACCGUAGUGAAGUUGCACGACACCUCCACUAUUAGUCUGGGCUUGGAGUGUAGGUGGAUUUCCGAGAUGCCCAACAUUGAAAGAGAGGUGCGUUCAGAAGCUGUAGUAGAUUAGAGGAGAUUUUGCUGCAGAAGUGGCUGUAGAUGUGAUCAUUUUUUCUACAAGAGUUUGUAGCAAUUCAUUCAUCCCCAUUUUUUUUUUUCUUUUUUUUUUCUGAUUUCUAUAUCAAUUUUGUAACUGGAUUUGUGUUUCUGUACUGAACAAACUCCCCCGUCGAGGAGGGGAGCUUCGUGCCACGAAGUAUAAGAACUAAUGUUGUAAUAUAGUUGUUUCUCAUCCCACCUUCUUUUCAAUUCACAAGCUUCACUGUUAAUUUUGUACUUGA